GCGGAGAUCGAUGUGUCGGCGCUCGGCAGGCGCGGCCGCCAUGGCGCUGGGCGGUGUGCGGGUGCUGGAGCUGGCCGGGCUGGCGCCGGCGCCGCUCUGCGGCAUGAUCCUUGCCGACUUCGGGGCCCGCGUGGUGCGGGUGGACCGGACGCGCUCUGCCGCCAGCAGUGACGUGCAGGCGCGCGGCAAGCGCUCCCUGGCGCUCGACCUCAAGCGGCCCUCGGGCGCGGCGGUGUUGAAGCGGUUGUGCAGGGGGGCGGACGUGCUCAUCGAGCCGUUCCGCCACGGUGUCAUGGAAAAACUUGGGCUUGGUCCAGAGGUCCUUCUACAGGAGAAUCCCAGACUCAUCUAUGCUAGACUUACUGGAUUUGGCCAGACAGGAAAAUGCGCCAAGUCUGCAGGUCAUGACAUCAAUUAUUUAGCUCUAUCAGGUGUGCUGUCAAAGCUGGGCAGAAAAGGUGAAAAGCCUUAUGCACCCUUAAAUCUUCUGGCUGAUUUUGCUGGUGGGGGUGUAAUGUGUGCAAUGGGCAUUGUUACAGCCCUUUAUGAACGUACCAGAUCUGGUAAAGGGCAAGUCAUUGAUGCCAGUAUGGUUGAAGGAGUAGCAUACUUAAGUUCUUUCCUCUGGAAAUCACAAAACUUGGGAUUAUGGAGCAGACCUCGAGGUGAGAACCUGCUAGACAGCGGUGCACCUUUUUAUGAAACCUACAAGACCUCGGAUGGAAAAUUCGUAGCUGUUGGUGCCAUUGAGCCACAAUUCUAUGAGCAGUUAAUAAAGGGUCUUGGCCUAGACUCAGACAAGAUGCCCAGUCAGUUGAAUUUUUCUGACUGGCCUGAAAUGAAGAAAAAAAUUGCAUCUGUAUUUGCACAGAAGACACAAGCUGAGUGGUGCAGUAUAUUUGAUGGUACUGAUGCCUGUGUGACCCCUGUUUUAUCUUUUGAUGACGUGGCUUCAUAUCAGCAUAACAAACAAAGAAGUUCUUUUAUCAAAAAUGAUCAAGGAGAGAUAAGUCCCAGACCUGCUCCUCUUCUAUCAAGGACCCCUGCUGUUCCUUCAUUUAAAAGAGAUCCUUUUAUAGGAGAACACACAGAAGAGAUACUUCUAGAAUAUGGGUUUACAAAGGAAGAAAUUGCUAAACUUCAUUCUGAUGAAGUAAUAGAAUUCAGGAAGCCAAAAGCUAAUUUAUAAUCUCUUAACUAUGCAGAUCAGACAAAUUUUAGGCUGAUACAGUAAUUUAUAUACAUUAAAGUUGAAUUAUAUGAUAAAUAAAUGUUUGCAUUAUAUUGCUUUUAAGGUUUGGUUUUUUUUUUAGUUAUGGAAGUUUUAAGUUUACUUGAAAACAGUGGGGAUUAUAUGUUUGUGUACCUGGAUGGGCUGCAGUCUAGUUCAGAACUGUGUUCUGAACAUGGAUACAGUUUACUUAGUAAGCAGCUGUAAAUCAUGAAAAUGUUUCUUUAAAUAUCAUACCCUGUGAAAUGUUUGUUUCUUUUAGUUCUUAGUUACACCAUUGCUUUGUAUUGCAUGUUGUAAUUAUAUGAAGACAAUACUUUUCAUGAAAUACAGUUAUAUUCUUCCUAAACAA